GGUAUAGAAAGAUAAAAUUCUAAAAUUCGUAAAAAGGAUUUCGUCCUUUUUCCUUGUACUCGUGCUAUUGCUCCAGUGUUCGUGUUUUUAUUUUUUAUUGACUAUAUAACUAACUCACAUAAAGCCGAUCGGAAACGGAAAUAAAUUCCUCAAUGUCCAAACGAUUUACCACCGACCAGCAAUCACACAGGGAUUAUUCUUCGUUCAAGGAUUACCAGUGAAUUUUAAAGGAUAUCGCUUAGUGAUUUUCGGAUGGUUAAUUUAUCAGUGUCCCCGCGUGUGAUCCCCGAUUAGGGGACCAGUAAAAAAAAUAAAAAAAAAAAUAUUUUGUGAUUUGGGGGAGUCCUUUAAGUGAUAAAUUUUGAAAAAUAUAAAACUCCCCCUUCCGCCUCUCUUACCCGCGAAGUUGAAAAUAAAAGUUCAAAAACAAGUGUCAGUGUGUGUGAGCUGAAACACCCACCCCCAAAAAAGGGGCCGAAAUCUAGAAGAAGAGAUUUAUGAAAACCAUUAAGAGUAUCCUUUCUCAAAGUAUACACAUAUUCAAAGGAAAGUAACAUAAUAGUGUCAAAUAAAAUCCCUUAAAUGUGUCCUUUCUCAAUUAAUAAAGUACACAAACCUAAAACAAACCCCAAAAAAACAUAAAACGAACAACUUGAAACCAAAUUCCUCGCACAAAAACUACGAAAACAUGUCAAGGAUACUUCUGGCGAAUGCCUUUGGCAAAAUAUGCUUUCAAAACAUGAGUCUAAAAAGCAGUAUCAGCAUCAACUCCGAGAGAUUGUCGGCGAUGAUGAAAAACAGUGCAUCAGAACAACAACAAAUGUGGAAGUUGUUGCUGCCUCUAAUUUGUUAAAGACAUCCUUAUACGAUUGGGAUUCGCCCAGUUCGUUUACUGGCACUGUCAAACGACGCCCCCACUCAAUAGCCACAACAAAUUAUUCGUCCUCUGCCUCUUCUUCGUCAUCGUUGUCAUCAUCAUCAUCACUGGCAUCUCCUCCAUCGUCAUGCUGCAAUAACAACUCGCCAAAGGAAGACCAUAGAAAAAGUUUUUAUUCUUCUGGUCAGCAACAGAUACGAAGACAUCCUCGGGCCCUGGUGGAUAUCAUCUACAAUUCGGAGGACAAAAAAUCGAAUCAAAGACGAAUAGCACCGUCAUCGUCGUCAUUGUUUAGAGGGGGUAAAAUGUCCUCAAUGCGGAAGGACAAACCGACAAAGUUACGUAUUCCAAAAGUGUCCGAUCGAAAUGCAAACGCGACGGGAAACAUAAUCGCACCCAUAACAACUACCACUGGCACUGGCGGUGGUGGGAGUAAUAAUGUUGGUGGAACUCUUAAAAAACACCACCACGAAGCCAGGUCUAAACUUUUACAAUUAAAAUCACCAUCGCCAGGGAACAAAGUUCCUAGUGCCUCUACAACUGCAAGAAAUCAAAGUUCCAGGAAAUCAACCAGCACCACUCCAACGAGAAAUGCACCCUUACCACCGUUGCCACCUCCACCUUCAACUAUUGAGUUACCACCGUUUAUGGGCCCUGGCAAUGGUGGUGGUGGCAGUGGUGGUUAUCGAUUUACACAAAAUCCUUAUGAUCCUGUGGAGUUCACAGAACUCUUUUGUGACUUUCCGGUUUGUUAUGAGUCAACAACAAUUAUCGCAGCGAAUAACUUUGCAAGCGUUAAGCCCUUACCACCGCCAUAUCGAGAACCACCCCCACCAACGCCUCCACCGAUUUCACAAAUGCCUUCUCUAUUGCUGCAUGGUGGGAGUGUUGGCAAACGUCAACAACAGGACGAAAUUAUGGCAACACAAACAACAACACAAAUACAAACAACAACAAAUUCGAAUAGCAACACAUCAUCGCCAUCUCGAGGGAAAGUUGUUCUAAGUAAAAAGGAACGCAAGGAGUUAACCAAGAAUAACAACAAGUCAGCGAAAAGGACGAGGGAUGAUCCUGAAACUGACAGUUGCGAAGCAACAGCUCUUCAAAAACACCAUCAUCACUAUCAGGACAUGAAUAGAAUUUCUUCUUCAUCUUCCAACGUCGUCGUCGUCAACAACUAUAAUACCGUUGCUAUUUCUGCUUCUGGUUCUGGUUCUGCUGCGGAUGAAGAGGACGAUAGAAUUCAUAUAAAUGCUGCAACCAUAGCAACAGUAGCAGGAACAGGAACAGAGGCAAUUGUGGUAAGUGAAACUUCAUCGCCAUGCAAACAAAAGAGUCCCUACAAAGGACGAGUAACGGAGCUGAAAAAUUGCAUAGCAAAAAUCAACAGCCGAGGUUUGUUCUCCUCGCUGAGCAGUAAAAAGGAAUCCAAUUGCAACAGCAACAGCAGCAGCAUUAACGGUUCCGUGACUAAUCUCAGCAAUAACACCAUCACGUCCUCCUCCUCGCCCAUUCGCACAAUGGGAGACCACAUCACCCUCACCGCCUCAGAAGCAUCAGAUUCCACGAGUCCUUUCAAGAACAUUCCGGUUCGUCAGCGCAAAGGUGGAAUACCGCCAAUGGAGAAUUACUGCCUCUUCGACCCGAGUGUAGACUUCAUCAACGAAAAGACACUCAAGCGGAGAAAAAUGAGCGGUGACGAAAUUGUUGUUGCUGCUGCUUCGCCAAAUCUAAUCGAUGAUGGCGAUGAAUUUAUCGAAGAAAUCAUUUACGACGACAAAAAUCCCUUUGAGCACCACAACUAUUUCGUCAUAGAUCCAGAAGACUUUGAAGUCGAUCCAACGCGCAUUGGAAUUCCGAAUCCCUUUACCAACGAGGAGCUCAUCAGUCAGAAACUUAUCCUUGCCUCAAAAUCGAUAUCCUUGGAAAAAUGCAACGAUGGAGAUGGAGACGUGGACGACAUCAGCAGCAUUCACGAUGCCACAUCGACGAAAGACGAUCCAAGUAGCUGUACACCACUUAACCAAUCGACAACUUCAUCAUCGAAAACCGAUGAUGACAGCAGUGCCAAUAGUGGCUGUCCAACUAACAACGACAUCAGCGACAGCAACAACAACAACCACAAUAAUAAUGACAGUACGAACGACAGCAGCAACAAUGACAUGAUGAUUGGUUCGUCGACGUCCACACAUACGGCAGCUUCGAGUUCCUCCACAUCGUCAUCGUCCUCGUCGUCCACCACGAAGAAAUUGUCCUUUUUGAAUUUGUCACCAUUUAGAAGCAGUUCGUUGCGUUCGAAUCGCUCGAAUCGCUCGGAUGGCAGCAGUGGUGGCGAAGUUCAUGGUACAGCAAGUGGUGGAGGUUGCAACAAUGCGGGUGUUGGCGGUGGCAAUAUAACAACAUCAGGCGGACGUGGUAGCGGUAGUAGUGAUGAUGUGCAAUUUCGUCAUCGGACAAUUCCAAUCGAAUCCAAUUACGUGCUAUUCAAUCCGGGACCGGUGCCAAGUCGCAAUGUUCAAUAUAAGAUUCGCAAGCCACGACCACUGUCCACACAUAGUGAUGCUGAUAGUGGAUUUCUUAGUCCUUGUUCGCCCGAUGAAUUGAAAUUCAAUCCGGCUAUAUUGGUGUUGCAGCAGUGUGAUAGUGUUCAAGGAUAUAUUGAGAUUUAUACAGAUUGGGCGAAUUACUAUUUAGAUCGAGCGAAAUCUAAGAAAAAAGUCACAGAUUUAUCGGCCGACUGCAGAGAUGGAUUACUAUUAGCUGAUGUUAUUGAAGCUGUAACAUCAUUUAAAGUACCUGAUUUAUGUAAGAAGCCGAAAAAUCAGCAACAAAUGUACGACAACGUUAAUUCCUGCCUAAAUGUCCUUCGCACACAAGCUGUUAGUGGUUUAGAAUCAAUUACAACCAACGACAUCUGUGCUGGUCGCUUAAAAGCCGUACUAGCGCUUUUCUUUGCCCUUAGCCGAUUUAAGCAACAAUCGAAACAAUCGAAAAGUUUAACCGGUUCGAUAAAAGCUGAAAUUCAUCAUCAACCACAAUUACCAAAUCAACAACAACUUAAUCUACAACAACCACCAACAGCACCAGCAGUAGUAAAUAAUCAAAAUCAAACGACGAUAACUACAACAGCAACAACUAAUAAUGCAAAUGUGAUACAAGCCCAACAACAGACGCAAAACGGAAAUGACGCCAUGAUAAAUCGACAAAUUCCGAAUGCUUAUGGAAAAGGAAAUGGCGGGACAGCCAUUCCAUUACCAGCUACUGUUUUGGUCCAAAGACGAUGUCCACCAGAUAAAGUGAGACCAUUACCACCGACACCAAACCAUACACCAACCAUUCCGGGAUUAGCGAAAACCGGGGUCGAUAUAAAUGGAAGCAGCCGUCCAGGAAGUCCUCCAACAUCGAAUCAUACAAUUCAAACCAUAAAGGGUGCCGGCAACAAUAAUGGCUUACGUCAGCCACAGUGUAAAAUUCCCACCAGUCCACAUGGUCCGCCACCGAAUCUUCCAAAUGGCUCGAUCCCACAACAUAUCACUGCCAAUGGACCAGCGGCAACUACAACCGCAACCAAGCACUCAAUGCUCGAUAAGCUCAAACUCUUCAACAAGGACAAAACCCCAUCAAACAAUAGUUCGUCGAACAAGUCGCAGGUUUCAAAGAGGACGAGUUCGAGCAGUGGUUUUUCAUCGGCUCGCAGUGAACGAAGUGACUCUAGUUUGAGUUUGAACGAUGGCCAUUUGUCCCAGAUUAAGCCUCCGGCUGUAUCGGUAACGGCGAAUCGCAACAAAGACAAGUCAAAACAGUCAAAGCUCGUGAGCGGCUCUCAAAAAUCAUCGAUCACAUCGUCGAGCAAGCUGAAACUCGACAAGAAGGAGAAGAGUCCUGCUCGGAGUAAUACUGACAAUGACUCCUCAAAGUUGGGUCACUCAUCGAUCGGGCGUGGACAGAAAUCCCUGACGAGGGGUGAUCAGAAAGUCUCGUCUAAGUCUUCGUCCAAGACUUCGCUCAAUUCAAAGCUCAACGAAUCUCGAUCGGAAUCUAAGACCAGUCUGAUCAUGCCGCCUAAUAAGGCGCUCCUAUCAACAACGCCAGGAAUCAGCACGAGCAUUCCUAAGCCAGUGGCAGCUAUCAAGGGAACCAGCAAAUCCAUUCCUCCUCCACCGGUCGUCCAAGCUGACAAUAAAAAACCAGCUGCACUGCCUUCUACAAACGGUGGCAGUGGCGGCGGCGGCGGUGGGCCUCAUGACAAAAGCCUCAAACGCGAGAAGAGUGACAUAUCAUCCAACCGCACAUCUGCCAUAUCAGAGAAUUCCCCUCAGAAGACACAUAUCGUGAAGCCCAUAGCACUACUGCCCGAUCAGAUGAUGCCGGGCAGCCCAAUGGGUCGCAACCUAACCUAUCAGCAACAGCAGCAGCUGCAACAUCAUCAGCAAAUGCAAAACAACAAUAACAUAUCAGUGAAUGGCAUUCAGCAGCACCAGCAGCAGUGUGGAUCGCCCCACCACAACCAACAACAAGAUCCCAAUAACAUGACAUAUCGCACUGGAUCGGAUACCUAUUUGAUGACGUCACCGUCUAUCAACAGCCGGCUUAUGCCAACGACGGCGAAGAAUAAUUCGCUGGUCAGUCGCAAGAUGGACUUCCGCAGUCCCGAACAGAAUCAUUCGUCGAAAUUCAACACGGUCCCAUCGAAAAUUGUUGGAACCAUUUAUGAGGAAGAGAAGCCGGUAAGUGUUAUGCCUAUGCGACCGUUAUUGCGCGGCUAUAACACCCAUCAUGUGACAUUGCCGACACGCGGUGCACGAGGACAUCAUUUUGUCGCGGACUUUUGCGAAUCGGACAUUGGACAGGGCUAUUGUAGUGACGGAGAUGCGUUGCGGACACGUGUUGGUCCGCCAUCAAGAUUUGCUGACAUUGACAAUGGCUAUCUGUCAGAGGGUGGCGGUGGCAUUCAUGGAGGCAAACAUUUUCUCACCAUGAUGAGGACGCGAACGCAGUUGCCAACAACAAUUGAAGAACGAAUCCGAAAUAGUCGGGGAAGCCUUGAUAGUAUCGGAACAACAGCUCCUUCUUCAAACAGUUCCAACGGUUCCAAAAUGGACUCGAACGGUAGCCCAAAUCGGUCCUCAUCCCGCAAUGGGCGUGAUAAUUGGUCAAAAAUGCCGGAUCCACCAGUUAAUGGCCACAAUAAUGUCGGUAUACCGCAACAGCAUCACCAUCAACAACAAUUGUCCCAACCGCCAAGUCCGACUUCCGGCAGGAAGGAUAAGUCAUCACCUAGACGAAGCACUUCAGCAUCAAAGCAACAUCAACAGCACCAGCAGCAGCAGCAUCAUGGUCAGUCAUCAUCAUCAUCGUCGUCUGGCAGUAGUAGAACGAAAGGUGUCCCUCCGAGUUUUGGUUAUGUGAAAAGGUCAAAUGGUUCGGCCACGUCAACUGCAGAACAGCAAAAUAUCAUGAUGAUGGGUGGUGGCGGUGGCAAUUCUUGUGGUCAGCAGCAGCAGCAACAGCAACAACAACAGCAACAACAAGCUGGAAGAACAGCUCAUGUCUCGGCAGUGCCUCGGUCUGGGAAAAUUAAAGUUUCCGGCGGAACCCAGACGUGCAACAACGAUAUGCAGACAAAGAUUUCACCAAAUGCCCAACACCGAAGUUUCUCAUUAACAGGACCUGGUGCAACACAACUUAGUCAGUCAAUUAGGGAACGAUUGGCUACUGGAUCACAUAGUCUACCAAAACCAGGCACCGAUAUGCAUGUCUUCCAACACCGUAUUUCCAAUCGAACAUCAGGUAAAAUGAUCGAUGGCAGUUUAUCCGAUACACAAACCUAUGCUGAAGUUAAGCCCGAAUAUAGUACUUAUGCGAUGUGGUUAAAACAUAGUAAUACAGCUGGUAGUCGUUUAUCUGAAGGCGAUUCUCUAGAAUCUCUACAAAUUGGCUCACCAAAUAUGAAUCGUCAUAAUCAUAAAAUUAUACACCGUAGUGGCGGUGGUGGUGGCUCUGAAUCACCUUACAUUCAAAGUCCAAGGCUUAAUCGGAGUAAUAGUAUCAGCUAUCUGAAAGAAAGGACAUAUCCAAGAUCAACAAAGUCAGAAAAAAUGUAUCCCUCGAUGUUGAGCCGUGGUCCGGAUGUUGAAAUCGAACCGUAUUACUGCCUUCCGGUGGGCACAGUGCCACCUGGUGCAAAUGGUCAUGUAACUGGAGCAGCAGGUAUACCUGGAGUUGGGGGUAAUGUUAAUCAAGUUGUUGCUGGAGUUGGUCCUGCUGCAUGGAGUCAACCAACUUCACCAACACCAAUUAAUCGUGGAUUUGGUGGACCUUUAUCGCCAACACAUGGUGGCCAAACCAAUCUGCCAGGUUGUCAUAGGCUUACUUAUCCUAAGAAGAAUGAUGAUGUUCAUGGAAGUGCAGCAUCUUUAUUAUCCGGUGGCAGUUCCUUAUAUGGUUCAGCAGAAGAACGUCAAGCUAAUGAAAUCCGGCGAUUGAAACGUGAAUUGACUGAUGCUAGAGAUCAAGUAAUGAGUUUAUCAAGUCAACUGUCAACUAAUGCCCAUGUCGUCGCAGCCUUUGAACAGAGUCUAUCCAACAUGACCCAACGGCUGCAUCAACUUACAGCUACAGCGGAGCGAAAAGACGGCGAACUAACUGACAUGCGUCAAACGAUUGAACUUCUUCGAAAGCAAUCGAUUCAGGCAGGUUUGACAACAGCGCAUAUGCAAAGUAUGGGUGUCCAAACGGCUACCAAUCAAAUGUGUCCCAACGGAGGAGGAAAUGUUGGAGAUGCCUUGUUUUCAAACAGCAAACCACCAGCUGCAUUGUCGAAUCUUCACCCAAGACCCCAGUCUGCAUCGAAUGGAAGCCAAUCCGGAAUUCCGGGUUCAAUGCAACGUCACCACAGUUCGGAUUCCAUGUGUUCGUUGAACUCCAUCAGUUCGGGAUGUUCGGCGCACGACAAGAAGAACAAGAAGAAAGGUUGGUUAAGGAGUUCCUUUACAAAGGCAUUUUCGAGGAAUGCCAAGAUUUCCAAGACAAACCGUCACAUUGGACAUGGAUCGGGCAAUGUCGAUCAGCAAUCAACUGGCAGCAACCAGUCGCAUCAUCAUCACCAUCAUCAUGGUCAUCAUCAGCAACAUUCAUCCAACAAUGGAUCGGUUUCACAUGACCCGGUGUUAGCAAAGCCUCCAUCUUCGCCGACCAAAAAUAGCCCCCAGAAGACGGUGACUUUGAUUGAGAACGCCAAGCCCAUAGACGCUAUAGACCAUGAAGAUCACCAAGUGGUUGAAGAAUUGAAGAAACAACUGCGAGAGAAGGAUCUUGUGCUCACUGAUAUACGCCUUGAGGCUCUGAGUUCAGCAUCCCAGCUGGAGAACCUCAAAGAUACCGUCAUGAAAAUGCGGGCUGAGAUGAUAAGCCUCAAACAAAACAAUGAACGAUUGCAGAAGCUUGUGACCAGCAGGUCGUUGGCCGGGAGUGAAGCAUCUCUGGGGAAUGCAAUAAGCCCCAGUGGAUCGAUAGGUGAAUCGAGGCGAUAUAGCUUGGCCGAUGGAAACUCCCGACCUCCAAUGGAACUGCCAAAGAGACUUGAAGAAGAAGUCGAAGAAGAGAACAUUCCACCAGCACCGGCACCAGAGCCUCCACCUCCACCACUAAGUCCGACCACUCAUAUUGAUCUGACACCACCACCACCUGCGAUCGAACCGAUUCCUAGCCCGGCACACCUACCGACGGGCGUUGAAGAUGUCCCAGAUAUCACUGAUGGCAAAAAGCUUGCCAUAUCGUGCUAUCUUGGUCAACCCGAAUCGUUCCCGAAAUACUAUGAAGAAAUUCUAGAAACGGAUGACUUUUAUCGCAAAGGUGAGAAUGGUGAGUGCAGUGAGAAUGGCUUCGAGGAGAGGAAGUCAUUUCCGAGUGCAACGCUGAAUGAAUUCGUGAUCGCUUAUACGUACAUCUCUGGCAAGACAACGUGGCAGAAUCUGGACUAUAUCGUCCGAAAGACCUUCAAAGACUAUGUUUCAAGAAUUGAUCCCGGCACAAAUCUGGGACUGAAUACAGAUUCCAUUACGUCGUAUCACUUGGGAGAGGCUAAACGAGGUCCUGAAAUGGGCUUCCCAGAGCUGCUUCCGUGUGGUUAUAUCGUUGGAAAUGUACGAUCUUUGUACAUCUGUCUUCAGGGUGUUGGAUCCUUGGCGUUUGAUAGCUUGAUCCCAAGAAGUAUAGUUCAUCGUUACAUAAGUCUUCUGACCGAGCAUAGACGGCUGAUUUUGUGCGGUCCUAGUGGAACGGGCAAGUCAUAUCUGGCGAGAAGACUAGCAGAGUUCUUGGUAGCUCGUUCAGCCCGUGGAAAUCCAUCGGAGGCUAUUGCAACUUUUAAUGUUGAUCAUAAAUCCUCGAAGGAACUUCGACAAUACCUUGGCCAUAUAGCCGAGCAGGCAUCCAUUGCGAAUGGAGCCUCUGAUUUACCAUCUGUGAUUAUUUUAGACAAUUUACACCAUGCCUCCGCUUUGGGAGAUGUCUUCUCGUGUCUGCUGAGUGCCGGCCCAGCAGCCAAACUGCCCUGCAUCAUUGGUACAAUGUCGCAAGCAACGUGCAAUACUACAAACCUUCAAUUGCAUCAUAAUUUCCGAUGGGUUCUCACAGCAAAUCACAUGGAACCAGUGAAAGGUUUCCUCGGUCGAUUCCUACGUCGCCGACUCUUCCAACUAGAACUUCAAACCCUUAACCAUCAACCCGAACUUGCUUCGGUUUUGGCAUGGCUUCCUACAGUCUGGCAACACAUCAAUAGAUUCCUAGAAAUUCAUAGUUCUUCAGAUGUAACCAUUGGACCGAGAUUAUUCCUUUCGUGUCCAUUAGACUUGAAGGAUUCACAAGUUUGGUUUACAGACAUUUGGAAUUAUCAUUUAUCGCCUUAUCUAGUCGAAGCUGUACGAGAAGGUGUUCAACUUUAUGGCAGACGUGGUGGCGCCUGGAAUGAUCCGUCCGCUUUUAUACGUAAUUCAUAUCCAUGGCCAUAUGGACCGGAUUCAGUGCCACCAUUAAGGCAAAUCAAUGCCGAAGAUGUUGGUUUAGAAGGAAUGCCUGUUAGCAAUGGCGAUGCUCAAGAUCCUUUGCUCAAUAUGCUAAUGCGACUACAAGAGGCUGCCAAUUAUUCAGAAAAUCAAGAACAAGAAUCAGACUGUGCCAGUUUAGACUCAAAUAUUACACCAGACAGUUCAGCGGGCGCAGAGUAAAACAAAAAGUAAUUUUUAUAUUAACAUACCUACCCUAUACGAAUAUAAUCGGAAAAUGUAAAAUAAUCAAAAGAAUUAAAUUUAAAAAAGAAAAUCGAUUUUAUUCAAUUUGUAAAAGAUUUAUUUUUCAUCAUCGUAAUCAAAAGAAGAGAUCCUUUGUCCCUCUCAGAAAAUCAAAUGAACAAAAAAAUGAACAAAUAAAAAUACUUUUUAAAUAUCCUUUUUUUCCACCCCAUCCUUUCGCGAAAGUAAUUGAUUAAAAUUAAUUUAUAAAGAAAGAAAGAAAUCGUUGAGGGAAAUGUAAAUUUAUCAAAUAAAUUAAUGAUGAUGAUAAAGAAGGAUUUCAAAAUAUGAUGGAAAUAAUUUUUAGGGAAUUUCAAAAAGUGAAAAGCUAAAAUCAAAAUUAACAACACAAAAACGUAAAAAGGUUAAAAACAAAACUAAAUUAAGUGGAUUUUUAUCUUAAGCCAAAAUUCAAAAGAAAAAGGCAAACAACACUAAAUGAAUAUAAAGGACCAAACUUUGUGAUUUAAUUAAUUAUUUUCAAAUAAACCAAUUAAAAUCCAUAUUUAACUUUUUUUAUUUGCAAGAUGAAUGCAAACUUUCACAGACAAAAGCCACUAAAUUGUUCUGCCUGUCUGAUGAGUCUUCCUCGUCGUCAUCAUCCUCCAUCAUGCGAAUAGUAAAAUGAAAAAAAAAGAUAGCACUUCCGGUUGGAGGAAGACAUCAAUUCUGCUAAAUAAAAGCCCUUUUUUUUUGUUUGUCUGUGUGUAGUUGAGUCCUUUUAGAAAAAUGUCAAUCAUAGAAAAAUCUUUUUCUCUUUGUGUCUGCGAAACAGGGGAAAACUUUUGUGCAUUAAAACUUUAUGUCAUAUUGUUUUGGAUUUAUGUGUCAUGUUAGUUUGUCUUUUUUUUUAUUUUGUUAAGAAAUUCGAAAACUUUCUUUUACUACUUUCGAUGUAGAAUCCUUUUUCCAAAAUGCGAAAGAAGUUUUAAGAAAUAAUUUGUAGUUGCACGUGUGUUAGAAAUUUUGUUUGUUCUCUUUUUGGAGUUUUUUUUUAAUUUUGAUUAAACUUAAACUGAGCUGGAACUUAGCACCUGUCAUUUUGGAAAUGUUGUACAAAAGCAACUUAAACCCUAGACAAAGGCCCGAUUUUUCAAUACAAAGUCAAAAUAGAUUAAAUGCAACUUUUUCACUCUGUAAAAAUGUGCACUGAAAAAAAACGGGCCUAAGAUAUAGGUAACCCUCCUUCUAGGUUUCAGUUUUACCUUGAUAAAUUUCUUAAUAAAUUACACCCUUAGCACUUGUUACAAAAAUGCAAUUGUGUGUAGGUAUACAUAAUUCAAACACCCCUUUUCCUAUUUAAAUAUUUUUAUUUUUUUUGUCUGCACAAAGAAUUAAUCCCCUUUUUCAAAUCCACUUAAGAUAAAAAUCCACUAAAAUUUGAUAGGAAUAAAUAAAAACAAAUAAAUCGAAAUGUAAAAAGCCAAAUAAUUAUUAAGUAAUAAAUUAUAUAAACAAAAAUUAUGUAAAAUAAUAAAUAAAUAAAUUAAAAAACAAUUUAUAUAUAUAACAAUCCUUUUCGCUUAUAUAUACGUAUAUAUAAAAUAUGAUUGUUGCUUUACGUAAAAAAUGAAAAUUUUUGAUACCUAAUGACCUAUGCUAUAUUAAGAGACCGACAAAAUAUAAAACAAAAAUAAAACAUUAUACAAACUAAAACAAAAUCAAAAAAAAAUUAAAAGAAUUUUAAUUAAAUUAUCGUUGUAAAUAAUAUAUAAACUAACUUUUAAACUAAAAACAAAUAUAAAUCAAUAAAAACAAUAUCUUUACUAACAAAAAAAUUAUAAAUUAUAUGUUUUUUUAUACAAUACAUAUAUAACAAUAAAAACAAAAUUAAAUAUUUAUAUGUUUUAAUAAUUAUCAACAAGAAAAAAGAACUAUGUUUAAUUUUAUUAAUAAAUUAAAUCUAUAAAUGUAAUAACAGGUUAACAAAGACACACACAAAAACAACAUAUUAUAUAUUUAAUGUAAUAAGUAAUUUUAUGCUAUUUAAAAAAAAAAUUAAAAUUAAAAAACAAUAAAUUUGCCAAGUAAAUAAAGUAAUUUUCCUUAUUUAAAACAAAACAAAAUAAAUAAUUUAAUAACCAACAGAAAAAAAAACACUACACCAAUAAGCAAAUAAAACCAUAGCUAAAUAAAAUAUCCUCUCAUAAAAAAAAAUCCUUUUUAAAACAGCAAUAUUCCUUGAUUAUUAAAAUCUGUUUGUUUUUUGUUUUUCAUAUGCAAAUAUUUGCAUGUAUUUACUACCUUAUAUAAUUUUCCGAACCGAGAAAAAAAUGAACUAUAUAAUUUUAAAUUUAUAUUAAAAAACGAAAACAGAAAAAAAAUAUAUUCAUAGGGCAUAAAAACCUUUUAUGUAGUUAUUAUUGAAUUUAAUUGAUAUUGAUUAUUAUUAUUAUUAAAAAAUAAAAUCAAACUGAAUAAAAGAAAAUUAAAUAAUAAAAUUUAAUAAAACAUACAACAAAAA